UUAGAGGCGACACGGGGCACAGGAGGCCAGGAAGGAGCCGCAGAAGCUGAAGCCAAGGUGGAGACCACGUGUACACCACUAUGUUCCUGUUCCCUAGUGAAGACAGAAAAAAGCCAGCCAAGGCGGGCCGGUCUACCAAGGCUAAAACGGGCAAGAUUGUUCGUGAAAAAGUCCAAGUCACUUAUAAGCCAGAGCCCCCGCCCCCUAAAUACCACUUCUCCAAGAUCAAGGCCAGUGAAAGUGAGGAGAUCCGCCAGUUCCGGAAGCAGUUUGUGAAGUUGUCGGAAGAUAAAAUGGAAGUCAGCGCCUUUGAGCUCCUUGACAUUUUGAACAAGGCUGUGAAGCGACGCCCUGACUUCAGGUCAAUGGAGUUGGGAUUGCACAACUGUCGGAUGAUGGUGGCCGCCAUGGACAGCGAUGCCACUGGUAAAAUUGGCUUUGAAGAGUUUAAGUAUCUUUGGAACAACCUAAAGAAAUGGCUGGUGAUCUUCAAGGAUCGUUCCCAAGGCCGCACCCACGUCAUCCAGGGCAAGGAUCUUUCCAAGGUCUUAGGCACUGCGGGCUUCCAGCUCAGCCCAGAGCUAUAUGAGGUGAUCAAUAAUCGAUACGCCGAUGAAGAUGGGAAUUUGGAAUUUGAAAGCUUUAUCAGCUGCCUGGUGCGCCUUGACGCCAUGUUCCGAGCUUUCAAGUCUCUGGAAAAAGAUGACAGAGAAGAAAUCCAUGUGUACCUCCACGAGUGGCUGCAACUGACCAUGUACAUCUAAGUCUGACGUGUCUGUCCAAGUGAAUGGUCAUCACCCCCAGUAGAGAGAUUGCCAGGGAGCUUCCCCCCUUAACCUCCUAUAGUUCUUGUUGAUCCCAUUGUCAAAACCCUCUGACACAGGUAACACUAAGAAGCCCUUGAUCCCACCUCAGCUCCAACCCCAUUUUCUCAUUUCUGGAAGGUGCCAAUCACAUGCUUUCCCCCACACUUCCUAGCAUCUUGGAAAUACUCAUUUUGAUAGGCUUGUGCUGCCUCCCCAGCACUCCUGCAAACACAUCAUAUGCUCUAACAUGCCAGCCGCAUGCUUCCAGGCAUCUUGGAAAUACUCAUACACUAAUAUGCCGCCCAUCAGGAUCCCUAUAAAUAUGUCUCAUACUAUAACAUGCUUCAGCUUCUAGUCCCAUGCUUUUAACAAGUCAGGCAUAAGUGCUAAAUGCUGCUCCCACAGGAUCAUUCUGUAUCUUGUGCCUUCUUCCAUUCUCUACAUGCUUCAGGUCCCCUUUUUUCUUCUCUCUGGGGGCCCUGGAAUCAAGGGACCAUGCUUUACUAGACAAAUGAGUCCAAAAGAAAAGGAAGAAGGAAGGAAGGAGGAAGGAACAAAGGAAGGAAGUUAAGGAGGGAGGGAGGAAGAACUAAAAAUAUAAAAUGAUUUUAAACGUAGUUAAAAAAAAAAAAAAAGCAAUGUCUAUGAAAAAUACAAAGAACCCCAUUGCAUCAUUCAAAGUAAAUGCUAUUAUAUUUUCAUUCCAGAGCUCCCCAUCCCCUAAACCCAUGAAGAAGUUUUGUUUUUAGGUGGUCAUGAAUCCAUAUAUAUAGGGAGCAACUGGCCUUUGCCUGCUUGCAUAUUGGUGAAAAAUGAGGUGAUUAGGGACAAUGACAGCCUGAGGUAAAACUUUGAAAUAAGCAGUUUCUCUUUCAUCAUCUAUUCUACUUUUCUUUUCUCUGUCUUUCUCCCUCUUAUAAGUAAGCUCCCUACCUCGGUGCCCAGAAUUCCCUUCUUCAAUUUUUCUUCAUAUAUCUUCAUACCAAAUAAAACUUCAGAACCUUCCUUUCAACGAACCUUCCUUUCAACUUCCUCUCUUAAAAAGGCUCCAUUUCUCUGCCCUGGUACUGUUACCUUAGAAAGCUUAAACUAAUACCCAAUAUUAUGUUAGUCACUGAUGAUAGAUUAAUCUGUUGCCUCCAAACACAACCUAUUUUUUGUUUUUUACAAAGAUCUCUUAACACACAAAAGCCUAAGAUCCAAAACAUCAUUGUAGGAAUUACAGGUCAUUCAAAAUGCCAAUGGGGAUCAUACUUUGGAACAAGUUAAGUUUUCCCUGUUCCUCUGAUAGUAUCACUUAAAUGAUAGAUUUCCUGACUAUGAGUGAAAUUGUUCAUAACCUAUUAAUGACCAGUGCUGACUUGGUAACAUCCAACUAUAACUAUAGAGAUUUUACUGACAUUUUUAAUAAACAAAAUCCAU